AUGGCAGACGUUAGGUUGCUCAUUCAAGAGGAAGGUCGCUCGGCCAGGAACUUGGUAGCUUUUAACGUGCCGGUCGGUACGAAUAACAUAGAGAAAAUUACAAAGAAACCGCCCAGUGUGCCAAGGCAGGCACAAUCGGGUUUGACAAAGCGAACCAUGAAACCAACCACAAGAGUAAGGUCCGCUUCUACGGGUCGUGAUAAGAAGUCUGAAUUACAGGCGCGAUACUGGGCAUUUCUAUUUGGAAAUUUGCAAAGAGCGGUUGAUGGUAUCUACCAAACAUGCGAGGAGGACGAAAACAUCUCUGAGUGCAAGGAAGUUAUUUUGGUGCUCGAGAACUACACCCGAGACUUUCAUAAUUUAAUAGAAUGGUUCAAAGUUAAGUGGGCCUACGAAAAUUCAUCGCCACCGUUACGACGAACUCCGUUGGCUUGGGAAGUCAGGAAAACGUCUCCUUGUCGGAUAUGGAAUUCAACCGUAAUUCCAAAGUCCACUAGUCCCUUGCGGAGAGCCAGUCCGACGGAGUUGGUCUGCAAAAGUCCGGUCGACCAAAUCAUAUGUGAGAAUAAACCGAUUGUAACGGACAACAAAAUUAAUCAUGCUAAAGAGGAAUUUGUUCAUAAAUUGUUAAAAGAUAAUAAGAACAACGUUUGCAAGAGUUGUUCCCCCGACGUUAAAGAGAAACGUAAGAAUGGAGUGGACAAGACGGGAAAUCAAAUACCAAGUAAGGAAAAGUCCACGUCGACGAAAGCGUCUAACAAAGUUCUCGUGAAACAAACUGUGCAAUCGAAAACGAAUAGCUUUGUGGAUCGCAGGACGUUGAACGACGGUGUAACGUACGAUUCGAAGAAUAAAAUGGAUGUUAGAAAUAUUUCUAAGCAAACAAAGGACUGUUUGCAUAGCAGUAUUGUAAAGCCAGUUGAUUCUAAUUUAUCUUCAGAAAAACGAGAAACCUGUAGAAGUGAUAAAAAUGUUCCGCCGAGUUCGUGUACUAAUUGUGAACUUGUGCAGAAGGAAUGUAAUGGCGUGAACGUUAAAGACGGUAAGACAGAGGGGAAAAGUACAGAUAGCAAAUUAUGUAAUAAUAAUAACGGACUGGGAAAGAAUGAAAUUAAUGCCAAAGUUAAAAAGGAUAGUAAUAAAAAGUGUGAAAGCAACAUUAAUACUGAAAAUACGGAAAAGUUGAGUACAAAGACAGCUAACGUUCAGAGUACUUCAGAAAAGAUAAGUCAAGUUAAUUGCCAAAUAAGUAAACAUCCUCACGAAAUUGGCGAUAAGUCAAAUACUAAAGAUAUUCCAAAUGCAACAUCGAAUAACGUAGAUAAGAGCCCCAUGGUAAUUAGCGCAAACAGGCCUGCCUACGCGACCGUGUCGCAAACAAGAAGAUCCAAAGUAGAGUCGUCGGGUUUAUCCGAAACUCCAAAGUUUAUCAGAAGUAAAACUUGCUUAAGUGAUAAAAAUUUACCUGCUUCAAGUAAAAGAAGGCCUGGAACGUCUGUUAUUGUGAGAGGACGGUUUCAAACUCCUGAAAAUAAGUUAUCAGAACAAAAUGCAAGGAAAGAUCAAAAUAGAGACAUGAAUGGAUCCGUAGAAGUUUUAACCAAACAAACGGUAUCUCCAAAGUUAAAAGACGAAAGUGAUGGCUGGCAAACAGUAAGGAACCGCUGUAGAAGAGGGAGCACUCAUAAUUUGAACAUGUCUACACGCUUUCAUAAACCAAGCACUGCUCUAUCCUUGCCAGCUUUAUCAAUAGAAAGCCCAUCGGAGAAGCUGAAGAAGACUAGUUAUACUCCAGAUGGAAAUAAGCAAAAGAAAAAGUGCAUUGUAGGAAAAACCGGCAAAAAUAUGAAUAAUGAGGUUGAGAAAGUUAAAGGGGAAUUCAUAACAUCUACGAUUAAAAGUAAUCUCGAAGACGCACUUAAAAAGAACACGUUAAAUUUAUGUGAUACCAAUUCGACAUCAGUGAUCGCAGCUAUCUUUAAGAAUGACGCGGAAUUACUUGAGAAACGUAUACAGCAGUUUAUGACCGCUCAGGCAGAAAGAGAAAGAAUUAUCCUGGAGGAAGAAAGAAAGACGGAAGAAGCAGAUUCUCAAAGAUCUCAGCAGCUAUCGGAUGAAGAGGCGUCCUUAAAACGGCAGAUUUUGGAAUUAGAGUCCACUGAAAUUGACGUUGAUACUGAAACAGAUGAAACGGAUGGUGAAAUGGUUCUCGAAAUGGAAGACGAACCUGCGGUAUCGCUCAGUGUCACUGAUGAUAUUAGUUUAGAAGACAGGUACGAAAAUAUGUUAGAGGGAAUGUCUUGGGCGGAACGAGUCGAUACUCUUGCACAAUUGCGUGCAUUGGUAGCUCGCCAUCCCGGGCGUGCUUUAGAAUUACAUCAGAAACUUUCAUCUCCAUCGCGAAAAAGAUCGCUUCCUGAAACGUUAAGAAAAUAUCAAGCGAAACAAGCCUGUGCUCAACACAAACGUCAAACGCUGCUUAUGGAGAAAUCGCAACGAUUGCGAGAAUUAUUAAACAAAGUGGAAGAUGUCAAAAGUGCAAAGAGUCAAUUGAUAGAGGACAAAAGAAUCAGGAUGGAAAUGAAACUUAAAAGGGCGGAAGAAAAUAGGACACAACAUUUAUUAGAAAUAGUGAGAAAAGCACAUGACGAGGACUCAAAGUUGAAGGAAAUAGCUUUCAUCAAUGAAUUGGAGGCACAAAAUAAAAGACAUGAUUUUAUGGCGUUAUGUCAAGAACAAGAAGAAAGAUUACAGGGUAUUCAAGAAGAACGUCAACGUCGACAAGAGGAAAAAGCUGCCAAAGAAGCUGCGGCUGAGGAACGUCGAAGAGCUUUGGAAGCAGAGCGGCAGUUGCGAAUACAAAAAAUGAAGCAAGCACGACGAGAACGUGAGGAAAGGGUUGGCAAAAUGCAGCUCGAGCGAGAAAAAGAACGACAAGAAUUAGCGAGAGAAAAAGCACGAGAUCGCGAAGAACGUUUGUCGGCACUUCAUGCAGCGCAACUGGCUAAUCAGGAAGAGCUGCAGAAGAAAAUAGCGCAGAAGCAGCAAGAAUCCACUAGGCGGCAUGUGGAGAACAUUGAGCACAUUCGGCAACGUGCGGUUGAGUCUUCGAUUUUAAGAUCGGAGGAAGUGCCACCCACUCUCAAAUCGUAUCCUGCUCAAAAACAGUGCUCUCUAUGUGGCACGAUUAUAUCUAACGAGGUGCAUCUUCUAAGCCACUUGAAAGGAAAGACGCAUCUUGAAGCAGUACGAAGCGCGCAUGAUAAUCGCGAGCCGUCUCGAGAUGAGCUUCAGCGUUUUAAUAUUGCGCAGAUACGGGACGUUUCCGUCACCGUAAUCAAUAAUAAUAACGCGAACAACAGCAAGGCUGUGAAAGAAAAGCAAAAAGCGCUGAAACGUCGAUGUAGGAAAAUAAAACAGCGUAUGAGUUCACGCGGACAGGAAUGGGAAGACAAGUGCAAAAGUGAGACUAAUCAGAAUUUAUCCGUCGAAUCAGCCAAUAAAGCCAAAUUUCGCCGUAAUUUGAAAGAAUUAGAUAGAUUAUAUAAUAAUCAUUCCAAAUCAGCAUGGUCGAACAUAGCAUUGGCCACCUUGGAGCGCUGCUCGGGAGAAAUUGUUCGAGCCUUCUCCAAAUCGUGUCCACUUGAUCAAGAUGCGUUUAGAUGUUUGAAUGGAUUUGACACUCUAACAAACUUGUUGAAUUUAGGCUUAAAUACACAAAAUGCAUCAUACAUUUUACCGAAUAAAGCAAUCACAUCACUGUGCCGAGUUUACAAGGCCGGGAUCAGUGGGAACACCGAGAACACAGAGGCUAUUUUAUUAAGCAACAAGAUUCUCGUUAUCCUGGAUCUACUUUUACAACGUUUAGAGACCCUGACUAGUCUCGACGACCACGCUCAGACUCAGGAUGUAUCCGCCAAUUCAACCGGAAAUGGUACAGUGGCUGCCAGCGCGACGCAAUUGCUGUGCAGCCUGAUCCCUGAAGAGCCCUUUGAGAAAACGGUCUUGCAGACUCGCGUUCAAGAUAUUGCCGGAUAUCUGGUAGCCGGCGGCUUAGUGGAUCGCGUGUCACGCCACAGCCGAGCCCUGAUCGAGACGGAUUUCUUUCUGGAUCAGGAGCAUGAGUCGCCGUUGCUGGUAUCAUCUUACGAUCUUCUCGCGCGUAUCUGCAGCCAUCUGAGGAGGUCCGUCGAUCAAGAUACUGUCAGCGUGCACGGCGAGGGCGGCGGCGGCGGUGGCGGUGGCGUCGAGCAAACGAGCAACGAGUCGCACUUGCUGUCGACUUUGUCGACGACCGAGGCGUCGAACGCGAUCGGCGCUCUUUACGCGGCGGUCGCGUACACGCCGCAGAAUCAGAAGGGUGCCUCGCCCACCCCCAAUCAGACCUUCACACCCGCCAUACGAACUCUGGCCAGCCGCGGCCUCAAGCUCCUCAAAUCGAUCGCGGAGCUCGAUCUCCGAACGCUGCAGAGCUUCUUGGGCGCCGAGGGUACGAACCUGCAAUGGCGGCUGAUAGCGAGCCACCUGAUAACCCGACUGUCCCGCGACUCUUUGUCGGACAAAUCGGAGGUGGGAUCUAUGCCGAAUACAAGCGGUAUUCACAUUCUCUCGGAAUUGUUUGUGGUGCUUGGGUACUUCGCCCUAAACAAUCCGGACAAUCAGCUGGUUCUCCAAUCGGCUGGCGCGGGCCCCAGCGUCCUCCAGCAGCUGUGUACCCUGCCGUUCCCGUUUUACGGAGAUCCCAGAUUGAUACCGUACACGUUGCCGGCCCUUUUGGCCGCUACUCACCGCAAUUCUGAGGCGAUGGCGAUAUUGUCUUGCGAAAUGUCGUACGAGUUGCUGGAGCAGUACAGAAAUUCGGACGAAGGUAAAUUAAAUCCUUUGGUGCGUUUGCUAAAGGAUAGCGCCUAGUCGUUGACUACGUUCAACUAAAGGUUUGAGUAGUUUAAUUUAAUUUCUUAGAGCCUAUUAUAGGCAUUACAGUUUGCGUGUAUCAUUGACGGAAUCGUUGAUGGAUCGUUAUACAGCGAACGACCGCUUCUCCGAGAAGGGAGGAAAAUAAAGAUGAGAGAUUGCAUCGGAUGCAAUUCGUAGCCGUCUGUAUCUGAUUAUCGCGCGAUCGGAGAUUGAAUCUCGAUAACGGUAAUCUCAUUCUCUAAGUGAAUGUACGCGCACGUCUCCUCUUCCCGGGAAUGAAAGUCAAUUUGAGAGUUAAAUUUACUCAGAAGUAAACGCGAACAAGACGAAGGUAUGUGUUACUUUAAUUUAGACCAGUGCUUCCCGAACCAUUUCGGUCGCCUAUUUACGUCCGCGACAUAGUGACGGAACACGCAUGCAUAUUCUGCUUUACAGGCUUGUGCGGUAUGCAUCGUCUCGCUUCUACAAAGGAUCCCCGGUGUCACUGAGAUUUUUCUGCUAUAAAUAUUUUCUGAACGAGAUCUGAUUAUUUCAAUCCUGCCGUACAAUUCCAAAGUCACGCGUAUUAUAUAAUUGUUUGAGAUACGUUUCGGGAAGUACUGAUUCAAGGAGCGACGAGAUGUCAGGCUAAUUGUAAAAAGGAGAAUAUGCGCGCGUUUACCAAAUCCGAAGCGGAGAACGAUUUACGUUUCCGAGUAAUCGCUCAGCCGAGGAAACCAUUGUUGUUUUGUUGAACGUAACUCUGUGCGCGGAAUAAUUUAUUCUCGCGCGUUAUAGUAUAGCCGACUUACUGUCGAAAUUACCUGUCGCCCCGCUGAACGAAUGACGACGGUAAACAUCACGACGAUCGCUCCCCGGUACUUUAGGCUAGACUAAGUAGGUACUCGACCGAAGUUAUCGCAAUGCACUCGUGAGUUAUCGUCUUGAAUAAUAUAUUUUUACGUAUGUUCGGUAAGCUAGAAAAUGCAGGCUUUCCUUAAUUUUAAUUUUUUUCUCCGAUAUGAAGGAAAGCGAUGCGCGCAGGCACUAUUGUUCUAACUCUCUUAGGAUCGUUUCAUUAGAUAAAGACUUCCGUCGAAUUUUGAGGGACAAGAGUGUAGGAGGAUACGCGACGGCGAGAGGAGUAAUCGAGCGAGACGCGCGGACUAUAUCCGUGAAUCUAGUCCUUUUAACGUUAGCAGAUCUUUAUAUUUGCAAUCAUUGCGCUGUGUAUCUCGUACCGUAUUUUUUACUACCGUCCGUUUCCACGCGUGCCAAUCUAUCGUGCAAAGAAUGUGUCUUCAAAUGGGCCUUUUGAUAUAGUUAUCGUCGCGUGGCACGGCCGAAUAGAUGUAGGAAGAUAUCCGUGCGUAUGUUAGCCUCGUAAACUGUACCCCCGGUAUAACGGCCCUGUAGAUUUUAGCGAAUUUAUGUUGCACCCGCGCGUUGCGUGUUCAUUACGUGAAUAAUAUUUUCAAGUGUUUCAUGAUGAAAAAGAGUCGAAUUUAAGAGAGUUUAUUUCAAAAAUGGUUUAUUAUUUAAACAAUAUGUAAAGAAUAGUUCAUUGA